UCCAAAUAGUACAAACUACGAACUAAGUAGAUUGAGGCCCCGAGACUCGCUCGAGAGUAUGGAGUACCCUGGUUCAGUGGUCACUUAGUCUACGAGAUCCUUCUGGAUGCCUUCUGAGCAAUCACUUUUCUACGUGAGAAAACAAAUCGUGAAGAAUUGAUGUAUACCAUGUUCCCUCUCGAAAUGUCUAUGUGUUGAAAGGACUUGAAGGAUGUUUUAUUUGUCGUCUAUUAUGAGUCGCGAGGUCUCGCUAACACGAUGCAUGGGCUUGUACACAAUAGAUAUUCUGUUUUGUAACUUUUUUUUUCUCUCUUUCCAAGUUGAGAAGGUGCUAUCUAUUAUAACCUUCUAAACCCCUAUGUAAUCUGUAUCGUACUCAAAGUACAUUGAAACUUGUGUCUCCUGCUCGUGAAUAAUCAGCUAACACACGUCAUGAUAUUUAGUAAAUCACGUAGAUCUAUGUGCUUUUGUACUUUCUUACACGGUCGACUUCCCGAUUUCGGAGUAAUACCGUGUAGGGUGGAGUUUCGAUUAUCCACUAACCGGUAAACCGAUAUAAUCGAAAUUCGGUCGAUUAUCGUAGUAAGCUGGACGAGAUGGUUUUUGGUCUUGAAGGAGGUGCAGUUAAACGACAAUCAAGAUAACCGAAACCACGAAGACAGACAACUUGGAGAUCCUCCUCCAUCUCCGUGGGUUUCCCACAUAUAGCACACAUCCUCUGCCAAAUGUGAAGUGGACAAACUACUACAAAGCACACACUCAAAUUCUACCAUAUAAUAAUACUCGAUCAAAAAAGAAUUCCCCAUGUGGCAGAGGUGCAUACAUGCGAGAGCUAUCUGCGCAGACUGCCAGUUUCUCUGCCCCCACACUUUUUUCUCUCCAUGGCCACCCUCUCCAGUCUCCACUCACACUCCAUUUUCUUUCUCUAACAUUUUAGUGCUCUGUUAUAAAUACAUCAAGCCCUUAACCCACCGGCAAACCAUUUCAUCCUCCUCCUCCUCUGCCCUCAAACUCUCAUUCUCCCACCAGAAGCUGCUUGGCCAUCCCUUCUAGACAUGGAAGUGAAAGAGCUACCACCACCCUACAGUACUGCUGCACGCAGGUGGUGGUCGAAGGAGACGGUGGCGGUGGUCACCGGCGGGAACAAGGGGAUCGGGUUCGCGGUGGUGAAGAAGCUGGCGGAGCAGGGGCUGACCGUGGUAUUAACGGCGAGAGACGUCGGAAGAGGUAAGCAAGCCGUCGAGACGCUGCGAUGUCGUUUCGGCCUCGAUAACGUCACCUUUUUGCAGCUCGACGUGUCGGAUCCUUGCUCCGUCGAAGCCUUCGCUUCCCGGUUUCGUCAAGACUUUGGCCUGCUGGACAUUCUCGUGAACAAUGCGGCAGUGUCGUUCAACGAGAUACAUUCGAACUCGGUGAAACACGCGGAGACGGUAAUGAGAACCAACUUCUACGGCCCCAAGUUGCUCAUCGAAGCCCUCCUCCCCUUCUUCCGCCGCUCCCCCAGCUCCAUCCCCCGCAUCUUCAAUCUCAGCUCCAGGCUCGGCUCUCUCACCAGAGUGAGAAACCCUAGGCUGAAGGCGAUUCUCGAAGCGGAGGCGCUGACGGAGGAACAGAUAGAGGAAGAAGUGGUGAGGAAGUUUCUGACAGAGGUGAAGGAAGGGACGUGGGAAGGAACAGGCUGGCCGGCGCACUGGACCGACUACGCCGUCUCCAAGCUCGCGCUCAACGCCUACUCCAGGGUUCUGGCGCGGCGGCUCCGCGCGGCGGAAGGGAAGUUGAUGAUCAGCGUCAACUGUUUCUGCCCCGGUUUCACUCAGACGUCCAUGACCGGCGGCCGGGGGACUCAUUCCGCCGGCGACGCCGCCGAGCACGCGGUCGCACUCGCGCUGCUCCCGCCCGAUCUGCUCACCACCGGCAAAUUCUACGUCGCGUUUGCCGCCGCCGCUCCCGCCGUGAAUUCCAAGAUAUAGAUCAGAGUUGAAAAAAUAUAGGUUUUUUUGUGUGUGAAAUUUCGGUAGAUUUUUUGUUUGUUUAUAAAUUCGGAAUUUCAAUUAAAAAAAAUGUAAAAUGCAAUUUGGUAUCUUUUUCCUUCAUCUUUUUAUCAUUGUGUUAAUACAAAAAGCAAAGGGUAAACCUCGGGAGAACAAUGAACGCUUCCAGUUGGAGUAGCAAGAAACAGUUACGGCGUAU